AGAAAAGACUAACCAAUAAAUGUCAUGUAUCCAACACCUCCGUAUUACUAGCUGUUUUGACGCCAAAUUCCUCCUAUAAAGGAAGUAGUUGUAAACCAUCGAAAUUGCGCAAAUUAAAAACCCAACGAAGUUAUUAAAGCAACUCAUCCUCAAUAUAAUUCAAUGGCUAGAUACCAUAAUAAGCAGGUUCUAUGCUUGUUGCUGACCCUGGCAGCUAGCGUGUAUGGCACUAAGGCAGUGGACUAUGCAGUGUCCAACAAUGCUGAAUCCAGCGUUGGCAGCCGCCGCUUCGAAAAAGACGUAGGCUCGGAUUACGCCAAGCAAACUCUGAGCGAUGCUGCUGACUUCAUACACAAGCUCUUCCAUCAGCAAAACACUGAUUAUGAUGUGAAGAAUGUCCAGAAAGUGACCAUGGUAGUCGAAAACAUCGAUGGCGUGGCAUAUGCCGACAACAACGCGAUCCAUGUGAGUGCAGGCUACAUAGAGAGGUUCCAGGGAGACAUAAAGAAGGAUCUGACAGGAGUGCUAUAUCACGAGAUGACUCAUCUCUUGCAGUGGAAUGCUAACGGCCAGGCUCCGUCCGGUCUCAUUGAAGGCAUUGCGGAUUUCGUGAGGCUCAAGGCUGGCUAUGCUGCACCGGGCUGGGCUCCCCCGGGCCGUGGAGAUAACUGGUUCCAAGGCUACGACGUCACUGCUCGCUUCUUAGACUACUGCAAUACCAUAAAGAAUGGUUUUGUUGCCGACUUAAACGACAGGAUGAAGACCAGCUAUAACGAUGACUACUUCACUCAGAUUCUUGGCAAGCCCGUUACUCAGCUCUGGAUUGACUACAAGGCCAAGUUUACUACCAACAACUAGCAGAACUAGAUUACAUCUAUAAUCAUAAUAGUAAUAAUAAUUAAGAAUAACACAUGUAUCCUAACACUCUGAUUCAGGGUUUGGUGGUGGAGAAAAUUUGACUAGAUUUCUAUUCUGGCAUUCACUGCUUCCCCAACAAUCAUCAUGUUAUGUGC